AUGCAUGAUAUACAAGGAGCUCUUCUUGAAGGGAAAGUGGGGCGGCUGCUGCAGGCAAUUGACGAUGUAUCUCCACAGUCUCCCAUCCCAUCGACCACGAAAUGUAAUACACGUGUCAUUCUGGACGAACUUAUAUCGGAAGAAGAAUCCAUCAGCCGGUGUACAUCACCAAUCGAUGUCGACGCUUUACCAGACGAAAUGGAUGCCCUGCCUAACGCACUGCCGAUGGCCAUGGAUGGUCCCAGAAAUCAAAAAGUCGAUCCCAAAGUACCACCGCCAGGCAAACGCCCAUGUCCAGGGGUGCACGUCGAAAUCUCUGAGGGAAAGUCCGCUCAUUCAGCGUACCCAUUUGGUCUCCAUGACGAACUUGGGGAUCCUUGGGACUAUUCAGUACGGAGAGGACGGUUAACACUGCAUGCAAGAAGCUGUGAAAAUCUGUCGACCCACCAAAAGCAAUGCGAUGGAUGUUAUCAGCUGGCAAGUGAUUCUCGCCUGCAGGGAAUUCUCGACCGAAUGAACAAAGGUGUUCACGAAAAUGCCCACCUGGUAUACCAUAGUAUCGGUAGUUUGGUUAGCAUCGUGCGGAGGAAGACAGAGGAAAUCAGGACCUUGAAACUUCGCAGAUUGAAUGAUGCCGAGAAAUUGGCAGGGAAGACAGUGGCGAUAGACGAACUUAAGCAGUGGGUAAUGGCAGUGGGUAGCGGAAAGGUGGAGCGAUAA